GUCAGCUCCUCCCCCUCCUUCUCGGUCUUCAUCCUUCCUGACAUUCACUCCCUUUCCCCCGCCCAUUGGUUACGUUAGGCAGACAGGUCCGUGAGCCAAUCACGGCCCUGUGUUCAGAGGUCGGCCGCGGAACCGGUCGGAUCGGACCAAUGGAGGCCUUCGGAGCGGGCGCGCCCCAACCGGGCAGCGGAGCCGGGGCCGAGUGGGAGGUGCUUCCCCAGUCAGCGUGUGGGCGGGGGAAGGCGGGUACCAGUAGCCGCAGAGGCGUCGACGACAGCGGCGACGAAGACGUUCUUCAGUCUCCGGGGUGGGCUCGGUGCGUGUGGCUGGGUUACACGGAGGGCUCGGCGGUCAGCCACGGUCCUAGGGGGGUCGUGACGCCAUGGCUGGGCGGUAGACGGGCUCGGGCCAACGACACGAGGGGCGGCGGCGGUUUUCCGGUUCGCGGCAACCUUCGGCGGGGCCUCGGGUGGGGAGCGAGGCGAGGGGCGUCCCGGGCAGCGCGGGACCGCGAGGCGGGUCUCGCAGGCCGUCGGGGGUGCCUGAGGCUCGGGUCGCCGCGAGGAGCCGCCGCCGACCGCUGGGCCCAGCCGCCGGGCCGCUCGACGACGACGCUCCCGCGGGGGCCCCGCCUGAGGAGGACGCGGCGGCGGCGGCGAGGCCGCGGGAGGCCGCGGAGGAUGGAGGAGCGUAAGGAGGAGGGCGAGGCCGAGAUCCAGGAGCACGGGCCCGAGCACUGGUUCUCCAAGUGGGAGCGGCAGUGCCUGGCCGAGGCCGAGCAGGACGAGCAGUUGUCUCCUGAGUUGCAGGAGGAGGCGGCGGCCGCCGCGCAGCCCGAGCACAAGCAGCAGAAACUAUGGCACCUCUUCCAGAACUCGGCCACCGCCGUGGCCCAGCUCUACAAAGACCGAGUAUGUCAACAGCCAGGACUGUCUCUCUGGGUCCCCUUCCAAAACGCAGCCACCGCCGUCACCAACCUCUACAAAGAAAGCGUGGAUACCCAUCAACGAAGUUUUGAUAUUGGAAUUCAGAUUGGCUAUCAGCGACGCAAUAAGGAUGUGUUGGCUUGGGUUAAAAAGCGCAGAAGAACUAUUCGUAGAGAAGAUUUGAUCAGCUUCCUGUGUGGAAAAGUUCCUCCACCACGAAACUCUAGAGCUCCCCCAAGACUGACUGUAGUGUCCCCUAACCGAGCUACUUCAACGGAAACUAGCUCAUCUGUAGAGACUGAUUUGCAACCCUUCCGGGAAGCCAUAGCUCUGCAUGGUCUUAGUGGUGCAAUGGCUAGUAUAAGCGUGCGUUCGAGUACCCCAGGCUCUCCUACACAUGUAAGCAGUGGAUCGAAUGCUAGUCGAAGGAGAAAUGGACUCCAUGAUGUCGAUUUGAACACUUUCAUAUCAGAAGAAAUGGCACUCCACUUGGACAAUGGUGGAACUAGAAAGCGUACCUCAGCCCAGUGUGGCGAUGUCAUUACAGACUCACCAACCCAUAAACGCAACAGAAUGAUCUAAACUGCAAACAUUUUCACACCCACCAUGCUGCUUGAAAGCCACUUGAUCCUCAACAUAUACUAUUAUUGCAAAGGAAACAUGAGGCCAUCUGCCUUUGUUCACUGUUUAAGACAAGUGAAUUCUCUAGUGGUUGCCAUAAAAGGAAGUUCUAGGUAUUGACAGUAGAUGCCUCUUGUAACUAUGGCUUUCUUAAAACUAUAAUCCCUAGCAGAAGACAUCCGAUAACGUGUAGUAGUUAGCAAGAUCAUCAUAGGCAAACAUAUCCGUUCCAAGGCUAAAAGUGACCUUAAUGUAUGUAUUCUCAAAGGGAAAGGAAAUAUCAAAUGUUCAUUUGGUGACAGAAUGCCUCCCCCCAUCCAUUUCCUGCUGUGUUGAGUAUUUUGCUUCAACAGUAUUGCCAGGUUCCUAAAAUUGUCUAAAACACACGAUUUGGCUUCCUUGUCAAAUCUGCAGGCUUCCAUUUCGUAGCAACACUAUCCUGCACCUGGUCUCUAUAGUAACAGUGUGCAACCUCUCAUUACUGGGCUGUGCCCUUGUUUUUAGUUUUCAAAGCAGUCUCUAAUUCUGGUGAUUGUGUGAUGUAAAGAGGUGCUAUGAUGGUCAUGCAAUUAAUACUUAAUAUUGAAUCAAUACACAGACUUUAUUGGAUUCACUGUGUGUGUGUUAGUGCUCUAAAAUUAGCAAUAUUAAAUGCCCCCAGAUCAACCCUGUAGGCUUAAAAUACUCAGUUUUAAGACAAGUACUACUUCUCAUGCAGGGUACUAUCCUUAACGGUAAAUGUAAACAUGUAGACUGCAUUCAGGGUGACCUACCGUAGAGAGGUCAUGAACUUUGAGAAUUGGCUCCCUUUUUGGUUCAGUAUUAGGGAGAUGGAUGGUAGCGAGGGUAGGUACUGUAGACUUGGUUAUCCUGUUCCACAUUUUUCAUGAGGGCCCUACUUUCUGUAGUUUCCAUUGGAAUGGGUGGAAGAAAAAGGGCUUUUAAUCUGCUAAUGUGAUCACAGCUUAAAUAGGAAAACCUGACUCUCCGGUCCCUCUCCUAAAAAGCACAGUUGGGAAUCUCAUUCUGGAAAAGAUGAAAUCGCAUGGAGGUUCUCUAGAUGGUAGGUAGACCUGAGUAAAAGUUCUCAAUAGAUUCCUCUUUUGAGUAAAUACAAGACCUCUUGUAGCUACAAUGUUUUAGAGCAUGUUUCUCAUCUUCAUACUGAAUGAUAGUCUCUUUUUAGAUGAACUGAUGUCAGCCUGCCAGGUACUGUAAUUUAUUCUAUCAUAUUAUAUUAUAUAUCAAGUAGGACAGUGAAAAUGUUUCCUUGCAAACUUGUAGUCCAGUAACCAGUUACUUCCUGUUUUUAUCCUUGAAAAACCAUUGCAAAUCAGUGUAAGGGUUUCUCCAGUAAUUUCAGCACUUUGUUAAAAUUUGCAAUUUCUUCAGCUAUUUAAUAAUAUAUUUCUGUGAAGAAACUUUGCUAAGUUAACCAUAAUACACAUUGGUGGGGUGCACUGUUAGAAAUGUGUGAGCGGAAGUUCUGUACUAAUCAUAGAGAUAGCUCUAAUUUCAAAAAGUCGAUUCCAUACUAAAAUAGGAAUGAAAGUGAGGUACUUUCAAAUUUUUACGAAAGUGGAUAAUUUUUUGUUUGAAUAUAAUAGCAGGAAGAAUUAUAGGAGUCUGUCAUUUUACCUGAAACGGACAAGCCUAUGUGUUAUGAAUGCUUUCAAACUUCCCUUUGGAAUAUACCAAGAAGUGCAUUUGGAGUUAUCUUUGCUUUUCUGCUGUUGUAAAUUUGGAUUCUGGAAUUGCGUUUUGGUGGUGUGAAACAGUGCUCACAAGUGGCCAGAACCCCUAUUCCUAAAGGAUUUUGAGGUUGAGGAGCACAUAUUUAAUCUCAUCCUUAUGCUGCGGUUCUAGUUCCCCUUUCCAAGUUAACUUUAUUUUAUUUUUCUUUUUUGGUUGUUUUUGUUUUAGUUGGUGCUCUGAAGUUUAAUCUUAGUACCCUUUACUCAACUGUCAAAUUUUGAUAAAACGUGCCAUUUUUCUUUGGUAAGAGAAAGCAGGUCUUAAUGUCUGCCAGAACACAAUUUAUAUGCCUUAUUGGCUCCAUUAAACUUUUUUAAAGCUUUA